AUGUGUCUAAAGAAGAGAGAGUUUGAAGAACUGGAUUUCAUCCAGCAGAGGGUCACUAGCAUGAUCGCUGCGCUGCAGCCCAAGGGAUACAAAGAAAGUACUUCAAGUUCUAGAUUUUUGGUUUUUAAUGCGAAAACAGCAGAGCUUUUGAGUCACCAUCAAGUUGAGUUGCAGCAGAAAUUCCCAAAAGAAGGAUGGGUGGAACAAGAUCCAUGCGAGAUAUUAAAGUCUGUCUAUGAAUGUGUGGAAAAGACCUGUGAGAAACUGCAACAACUGAACAUAGACAUCUCUAACAUAAAAGCCAUUGGAGUCAGCAAUCAAAGAGAAACAACAGUGGUUUGGGAUAAGACAACUGGAGAACCUCUUUAUAAUGCUAUUGUGUGGCUUGACCUGAGAACCCAGUCAACAAUUGAUCGGCUUCUUAAAAAAAUUCCAGGAAAAAACAAAGCCUGUUUUAAGUCUAAGACUGGCCUUCCACUUAGCACUUAUUUUAGUGCAGUGAAACUUCGGUGGCUUUUAGAUAAUGUGGAAGAGGUUAGGCAAGCAGCUCAGGAUGGCAGAGCUCUGUUUGGGACUGUUGAUUCAUGGCUUAUAUGGAGUUUGACAGGUGGAAAGAAUGGAGGCAUUCACUGUACGGAUGUAACCAACGCCAGUAGAACAAUGUUGUUCAACAUUCAUUCCUUGGAAUGGGAUCCUGAGCUCUGCAAAUUCUUCGAUAUUCCUAUGAAAAUGCUUCCAAAAGUACGAAGCUCCUCUGAGAUUUAUGGCCUGAUGAAAAUCUGUCCUAGUCUGAAAUCUGGAGCUUUGACAGGUGUACCAAUUUCUGGGUGCUUGGGAGACCAGUCUGCUGCUCUUGUUGGGCAAAUGUGUUUUCAAGAUGGGCAGGCAAAAAACACGUAUGGAACAGGAUGUUUCUUGUUGUGCAAUACAGGUCAGAAGUGUGUCUUUUCUGAGCAUGGUCUUAUAAGCACAAUAGCUUACAAACUGGGCAGAGACAAACCUGUUUAUUAUGCACUAGAGGGAUCUGUUGCAAUAGCUGGUGCUGUUGUUCGUUGGCUGAGGGACAAUCUAGGUAUUGUUCAGAGUUCACAGGAAACGGAAAAAAUGGCCGCAGAAGUGGGGACUUCUUAUGGCUGCUACUUUGUGCCAGCUUUUUCAGGACUGUAUGCACCAUACUGGGAACCCAGCGCAAGGGGUAUUAUCUGUGGCCUUACUCAGUUUACAAAUAAAAAACAUAUCGCCUUUGCUGCACUAGAAGCGGUCUGCUUUCAAACACGAGAGAUUUUAGAUGCCAUAAAUAAGGACUGUGGGAUACCACUACAUCAGUUACAAGUAGAUGGAGGAAUGACCUCUAACAGACUCCUCAUGCAACUCCAAUCAGACAUUCUCAAUAUUCCAGUAGUAAAGCCAUCAAUGCCUGAAACAACAGCUCUAGGAGCUGCUAUGGCAGCAGGAGCUGCAGAAGGAGUUGGAGUUUGGAGUCUGAAUCCUGGAGAUUUGACAGCAGUGACAUGUGAACGAUUUGAACCACAAAUCAACCCAGCAGAAAGUGAGCUUCGCUAUGCCAGAUGGAAGAAAGCUGUGGUGAAAUCUAUGGGCUGGGAGACAUCUGAGGCUCCUUCAAAUGGUGCUGGUAAAUGAGACUUCUUGAUGGACUCUCUGGAUGCAGCUGACUUUUUUGUUUCCUUUUGAUUUAUUGUUGAAAGAGAUUCCACCACCAAUGUGAUUAUACUACUUGUGUGUCUUAAUCCAUUCAU